AUGGUUGCUUUUAAGCUUCCCCUCCUUCUCGUGCUGUUGCACGCCGUCUUUGGUUCUGCCCACCGCUGGUUCAACUGGCAGUUCGAGGUGACCUGCGAGUCUGACGGCUAUGUCGCCCCUCACAACGAGCAGGCUGUUGCCAACUUCCUCAAGAACCAGUACCCCAAUGCUCCUCACAUCAAGGUCGUUGGAAAUGGCCACGGAUUUGGAAACCUCACCACCUGCGUUGACACCAGCCUCACCCAGAAGAAAUCCUUCAUCGUUUCCCUUACCAACCUCAAGGAUAUCAGCAUUGACAAGACCAACAUGACCGUCACUUUCGGUGCUGGUUGGGAUGUGUAUGACCUGAUUGAGGAGCUCCGGGCCAAUGACUUGUCCUUCCAGAACCUUGGUGUUGAGCGUGUCCAGAACAUGAUCGGUGCCGCCUCUACUGGUACCCACGGAUCUGCCCAGGAUCUCGGUAACAUUGCAACCCAGAUCAUUGGACUCCGUGUCUUGGACGCCCAGGGUAACCUCCGGAUUGUUAAUGAGACUAUGAAUGCUCAGGAGCUCGAUGCCUUCCGUAUCUCUCUUGGUGCUCUUGGCCUUAUCACUGAGGCCACUAUCAAGGUCCAGCCCACUACAUUCUUCAAGAGAACUACUGUUGUCUUGAACUCUACCAACGACUGGAACCAGUUCUACACUGAGAUGGAGCAGAUGUAUAAGGAGCAUGAGCGUCUUACUGUCUGGGGUCCUCACUUCGACUACUUUGAGAAUAAUAAGACCUGGGGUCUGGAGCCUACCUACUUUGCCUCUUACUGGGAGCCUACCAACUAUACUGGUGCCCGUAACUGCUCUGACAACUACUGUGCUAACGGCUGUGGUAACUGCAAGCAGAACUACUUCUGCUAUGAUGAGAUUGCCUAUGCCAACUCCUGUCCUCCCCAGGGCGUUUGCAGCCACGAGUUCUACGCUGAGAUCGAGCACUUCUUCCCUAUUGAGGAGUUUGUCAACGUGGCUACCAACUACACCACCUACCAGCAGUCCCAGAACUCCCGCAUGAACACAGACUACAACGGCCUCGUCAUCUACCAGUGGCGUGCUCUCCGCGGUGACAGCGCCUGGAUGUCCCCUGUUAAUACCUACAACCUCGGCCCUGAGAGCAGCGGUGUCUUUGGUAUCAUUGAGAUUGACUGGCUCCAGUCCUACAACAAUUUCCCCGCCCUCUGGGACAACCAGGCCUUGGCCGACGAGUUUAUGCCCAAGUUCGGUGAGAAGUUCAACGCUCGUUCCCACUGGAACAAGAUGAACCCUGCCAACGCCACCCUCAUCAAGGAGCUUUUCCCCAAGCUUCCCGACUUCUUGGCCAUCCAGGAACGCCAGGACCCUCAGUGCCAGUUCGUCAACGAGUUCCUGUACACUCAGCUUGGCAUCGAGCGCUGCGCCAACUACGUCUAG